UUGUAAUAAAUAAUAUUAAUAUAAUUUUGAAUUAAUAUUUAUCAAAAAUUUCCCUCAAACUAAUUCUAUGCCAAGGUCUAUGUUAAAACUGUCAAUUGAGGUUUAAGUUAACAAAAAAGGUCAAAACUAUUGCAGAAUUUAAAAUAUAUAAAAUAUUACAAAAUUUUAUAUAUAAUCAAAUUGGUAAACAUAACAUAUGUUCAGUUUAAAAAUAUCGGUAAAUAUGGCAAUUUUAAUAUUAUUGUACAGUUUGAUCCUAGCUUUAGUUCUGCCAACAAAAACUUUGUUCUUAAAUGUAUCAGAUCAAAGUAGUCGUAUAGUGAAUGGUAAAGUAACGACCAUAGACAAAGCUAAAUUUGUGGUGAAUCUACGUAGUCAUGGUCACUUUUCCUGUGGUGGUUCUUUAGUGGCACCAAAAAUUGUACUCACUGCCGCUCAUUGUGUAAAUGGAUUAAGAGCCUCUGAGUUGACCAUAAUAGGUGGAGCUACAUAUCUUUCUGAAAGGGGUAUUAAACGUUCUGUCUUUAAAAUAUAUAUACCAAAAGAAUACAAUUCCCGUACCAUGGAUAUGGAUAUAGCACUACUGAUAUUAUCUAAACCCCUGGAAGGAGCUAAUAUUUCAAUUAUAAAAUUGUGUAAAACAAAAUGGAAUGUUGGUGAUGAAAUGACAGUUUAUGGUUGGGGUCAAAUUACUGAAGUCAAUAAAACCAGCUCAAAUCAAUUAAGAACCGUAAAAGUGCCCGUAAUAAAGCAGAAAAAAUGCAGCGAUAUGUAUAAAGGACAUGAAAAAAUAACAAAUUCAAUGUUUUGUGCUGGCGAUUUGAAGGGUAAGGAUGCUUGUACUGGUGAUUCUGGUGGUCCAGCCGUAUAUAAAAAUCAAUUAUGUGGUGUAGUGUCAUGGGGUACGGGUUGUGCUCGUAAGAAUUUUCCGGGUGUUUAUGCAAAUAUUAUUUUUGCUAGAGAAUAUAUUGAUAAAAUAAUGAAAAACUUUGGAAGCUAUUAAAUAUUUAAACAAA